AGCCCCCGGGCCCUCCCCGCUCCUCCUCUCCCACCCCUGGUGAAAACUGCGGGCGCCGGGCAGGGUGUAGCAACUGGAGGCGGCAGCGCGUCUGGAGGAGGCUGCUGCGGCCGAGAACCGGAGCCCAGAUCCAGGACUGAGCUCUCGGCACCAUGAACCCUACCAUUGGCAUCACUCUCUUGCUGACAGUCUUACAGGUGGCCCGUGGGCAGAAGGUGACCAGCCUGACAGCCUGCCUGGUGGACCAGAGCCUUCGUCUAGACUGCCGCCAUGAGAAUACCACCAACCUGCCCAUUCAGUACGAGUUCAGCCUGACCCGUGAGACGAAGAAGCACGUGCUCUUUGGCACCAUUGGGGUCCCUGAGCACGCAUACCGCUCCCGAACCAACUUCUUCAGCAAGUACAAUCUCAAGGUCCUCUACCUGUCGGGCUUCACCACCAAGGAUGAGGGGACCUACACGUGCGCACUCCACCUCUCUGGUCAGACUCCCAUCGUCUCCAACAGGAACGUCUCUGUGCUCAGAGAUACGCUGGUCAAGUGCGGAGGCACGAGCCUGCUGAUCCAGAGCACCUCGUGGCUGCUCCUGCUUCUGCUCUCGCUGCCCCUCCUGCAGGCCAUGGAUUUCAUCUCCCUGUGACUGGCUGGGCCCAUGGAGAAUACAGGAAGCCACGAGGCCCCGUCCAGAGACCCUACUUCUCGGAGUCAGUUGACGCCCCUCCCCCCAACCUCCCACACACCUUGGGGAGAAGUGGGGACCCCACCGCCCCUAAGGAAUCCCACUGCUGCAUGCCAUCAUCUCCCAUCCCCCACUGCCACCCCCUACCCUCUCCGCACGCCACUGCCUAUUUGUAUCCUUAGUUCCAGAGCUGCUUCUGUCUGAUUUAGGACUUAUCCUACCUUUUCUUUGGCAGUUCGCGAAAAGGGAAGCCAGGGCUGGGGACCUGAUGGAGAGUGAGGGGAUGGGAGGGGUAUCAGUCCCUGGGGCCGGUCAUCCUUGCCCACCGGGACUAGAGGCCUGGGAGAGACCUGGGCGAGGAGGGGGAGGGGUGUGUUUGGCCCUAGCACAUCCCUCAGCAGUAGGGAUGGCGCCUGAAGACCCCGGAUGUGAGGGCGCUGCCAAGCGUUUGUGGCCCAUCCUGUGAGGAGAGAACCGAGCGUCUCCACGAGCACUUUCCGUCAUGGAAAAAAGCUGCCUUCUUACCCUGCAGAAGUCCCCAAGGGGCCUCGGGCCCGGCGUCUGGUCCAGUGACAAUGCAGAUUCUGCCCGGGAAGCAGUGCUGAUGGGCUGGUGAGGCAGGUGGAAGGCAGGGUCCAUCAUCCCUCCCCCCAGUGAGGAAGCUAAAAAUGGGAGCUAGCGUCUCUCACUGGCUCGGCCAGCAGUUGGGAGGGAGCAGAGGAGGACAGGCCCCCUCCCAGGCUAUCCCAAGCUCCUAGGAGCUUCCAGAACUCAGAGCUGGAGGCAGUGAAUGAGGUGGAGCCCCUGGCUGAGCCACACGGAGUUCGGCCCACGUGUUCCCCCAGGAGGCUCUUCCGUCUUCCCCCAGCAGCGCCCCAGCCUUCAGAUAGGCCCCCGCCCCAGAGGCCUGCCUCCUCAGGGACCUCUCGGGGGCCUAGGGCUGGCCGUGGGGUGAUACCCAUAAGUGGACAUGCCUCGAGGGGUGGCUUUUCCCAGCAGCCAGCUCUGCACCCGGCGGCUCUUCCCCGUCCUGUGACCGUGUGUAGUGCCACCCCAGCUUAUGGCAUCUCACUGAGGAAAAAGAAUACUGUACAAUAAAACCAAGCCUCUGGAAUCUGUCCUCCUGUCUGUCUCUGCUUUGCUCCUCUCUCCCCAGGCCCGCCCCCCUCCCUUAGCCUUGAGGCCCGACCCGCCACCUCCUCCUCUCCCCCAUCCCUGCUUUCUGCAGCCCUUCUCCUCCCCCCUGCCCCCCAGGGGUGGACCACUGCAUGCCCGGCUUCUCAGAACCACUCUAACACGGCACGUUUGCCCAAAUAAACAAAUGUUCCCUCUC